UGUCUGCAAAAACAAAACAAAGUGAAACAAAACAACAAGAACAGCCCAACUACACCGGGAAGUCUCCCGUCCUCGGCCAGCUGACAGAUUACAUUCAAGCAUGCUUGCAGUGAUCCAGAAAGAGAAAAGUUUUAAUGAGAUAUUUUCCGAUUACUUCAAGGAAAAUAAAACAGAGAUAGCCCAUGCAAUCCCCAAGCUGUUUCCUUUCCUAGAAAGCCUAAAGGACCAUUCCUUCAUCACCGACAAAAUCUAUGCUGAUUCGUAUGAAGCCUGCAGGAACUUGGUUCCUGUAGAGAAUGUGGUGUACAAUGUCCUUGAUCACUUGGAGAAGUUCUCUGGCUGGUCAUUUCUAUGCAUCCUGUUCAACAGAACGAACCUGAAUGCAUAUCCUGGUUUAAGAGAGAUCCAUAAAAGCUUGGAAACUGAGCUACAGGACAAAUAUUUAUCCCAGAGAAGAAAACAAGACCAGAAACUUGCCACCAAACAGCCACGCUAUGAGCAAGGAGCUGGUGAUGGCUGUUCUCAAAGACGUCUGACCCGGACACCCUCAGAUCCCUCCUCAUCUGAUGGGGCCAUCCAAUCUGGAAGUCGAAAAAGACUGUCAGAGUCUGCAUGGGACGCAAGGUCAAAGCAUACAAAUACAGACCAUUCGGUUUUCCAUCCACGUGAGUCUCAUCAAACCAACUGUGAACCCGCCCAAGCAGGGACAAACCUACACACACAUGAAAACUGGACAGGACCUUGUUUUGUGAAACAAGAAAACCUACAGAAGCCUGGGACAAUGCAGAACCAAGAAGAUGAAGUCAUUGUGAUCGGCAGUGAGGGCUCAGAAUGCAGUGAUGAGGACGAUGAGAAGGAACUCCUGGAACUCUUCACCGUGACACCAGGAGUCAGGAGGCAGAUAGAAGAGGAGAGUGAGGAUCAUGUACCCCAGGCUCCAGAACUCAGAACUUCCCUCAGGAACUCACACCUCCUGUUUCCUGACUCACCACCCUUGGGGGACAUCGAAGAGCCCAGCCGUCCAUUCUCUGCACCUUACUUUUUCUGAUGCUUGUGAGGAUGUGGAGAGUUUAACAGGGUUCCAGACCUUAGUAAGCCCUAAGUCCUUAGCACAACUGACUCCAUGAUGGAAGUACUAUUCAAACUGUAAAACUC